AGCUCUGCUCAUGUUCAGUCCCACUGGUGAGCAGAGUGAGAUUCUGCAGGAAUUACUGCUGACAACAGAAUUGUGGAGAGAUGGGAUUUGCAGAGGACCUGCGUUGUCCCCAAGCUCACGCGGCUGUCAUGCGCCUAAUAGACUCUGAACUUCACCUGAUGGAGGUCAUGAAGAAGUGGAUGGGUCAGCGAGCGAAGAGCGAGCGGGAGUUUUCGGUGCAGCUGCAUCAGAUGGCUGUGAUGGUGGAAAGGCUGGAUCGGCCUCAGCCUGGUCCAGGAUUGGACCGCAUUAGCCAGCUCAGCAAGUCAUGGGGAGUGCUGGUCUCUCAGACAGAGACUCUCAGUCAGCUGAUGAAGAAGCGGUCUGAGGAUUUGUUGGCUGGUCCCAUCAGCAAACUGACACUUCUGAUUCAAGACAAGCAGCAGCUCCGAAAGAUCUACGCAGAGCAGUGGAGUCAUCUGAGGCAGGAGCUCAGCAAGGUGACCUACACGGAGCUGGAGAAGUUAAAGGGCAUGUACCGGCAGGCAGCCAGAGAUGCAGCUCAGGCCAAGAGGAAGUACCAGGAGGCCAGUAAAGAUAAAGAGCAUGACAGGGCUAAAGAGCGCUAUGUGAAGGCUACACUGAGACUCCACGAGCUCCAUAAUGAUUAUGUGCUCUCUGUGCAAGCAGCCCACGUUUACCAUCAGCAGCACUACAGUCAGAUCCAGCCCGCGCUGCUCGGCACCCUGCAGACACUGCAGGAGGAGAUGGUGCUCAUUCUGAAGGAGAUCUUGCAGGAAUAUUUUGACAUUUCCACCUUCCUCCACCACGAGGUUGUGUAUGUGCACAAGGAGAUCACUUCUGCUGUGCUGGCCAUCGAUCCUCACAGAGAAUACGAAAGCUUCAUCCAGCAGAACAGGUCUGUGGAAGACGUUCCUGCAUGUGCAGAAUUUGAUUACAGUGUCCUGGAGGACACUGAGAAUCUAAAUCCCCAAGAGCUUGAACUGAACAACCUCACGCUGGAGGCAGUCCAGCACAAGCUGACUGCGGUCGAAGAGGAGCUGCUGGAUCUGGCUCGGACUAUGGGCUCCCAGCAGACUGCGGUGGAACAGCUGGAGCUGGAGCUGGAUGCUGAAAGGGGAGGUGUCAAGAAAGGUCAGAGGGUGUACCAGUUCAGUAAGCAACACGCCCUGGAGGAGUGCCGGCAGCAGGUCACUCUGUCUCAGGGUGUGAGAGCCAAGCUGGAGGCCCAGCGGAUUCUUCUGAAAGACAAACUGGACCAGCUGGGAUCCCGUGAACCUCCUCCUGCCCUGCAGCUGGACACUGACAACAUCUCGCUGUCUACCCACCCCAACAAUGAGCAGAGCCAAGCUGCUCCCAGAAGCCUGAAUGUUGAUGUCAUCAUGAGGAACCUGAGCAGCCUGUUUAAGUCCAGAUCACAAGUCGUGCUUCCAGCUCUCGCUCCUGUGCAGGAGGCUGAGCGCCCUUUGAGCCAGCAGGACUGGUACCAUGGAGCCAUUCCCAGACUGGAGGUCCAGCAGCUGCUGAAAAAUGAUGGAGACUUCCUGGUUAGGAAAAGUCAGGGCAAACAAGAGUAUGUGCUCUCUGUGCAGUGGGCAGGCACCUGCAAACAUUUCCUCAUUCAAAAUAUGGAUAAUUUCUAUCGGCUUGAUGGAGAAGGAUUUGAAAGCAUCCCGCGGCUGAUUUGUCAUCUCGUCUCUUCACAAAAACACAUAACCAAGAAGAGUGACAUAGUGCUGAAGAAAGCCGUGCUCAAGGACAAAUGGGUGCUGGAACAUGAUGAUAUUAUCUUGGGACACCUCAUUGGACGGGGUAACUUUGGUGAGGUGUACAGUGGAUAUUUACGCUCUGAUAAUUCUCCUGUAGCAGUAAAAACCUGCAAAGAGAACUUGGCCCCAGAACAUAAGAACAAGUUCCUCAUGGAAGCCAGGAUCCUGAAGCAGUAUGACCAUCCGAACAUUGUGAAGCUGAUCGGAGUGUGCACGCAGAAACAGCCCAUCUACAUCAUCAUGGAGCUGGUCCAAGGUGGUGAUUUUCUGUCCUCCUUGCGAGCUGAUGGUUACAGUAUCACACCAAAGAUGUUGAUUAGAAUGUCUGAAAACAUAGCAUCGGGCAUGGCAUACCUGGAGAGCAAGAAGUGCAUCCACAGGGAUCUGGCAGCCCGAAACUGUCUGGUUGGAGAGCAGAAGGUGGUGAAGAUCAGUGACUUUGGGAUGUCCCGUCAGCAGGAGGACGGCGUGUACUCUGCAGUGGGCGGACUCAAACAGGUUCCUGUCAAAUGGACGGCUCCCGAAGCCCUUAACUAUGGGCGGUAUACCACUGAGAGUGAUGUGUGGAGCUUUGGGGUUUUACUGUGGGAGGCCUUCUCCUUAGGAAUGGUUCCUUACACCAGCAUGAGCAACCAGCAAGCACGAGAUGAAGUGGAGAAAGGACACCGUAUGCCAGCUCCCCAUGGCUGUCCAGUGGAAAUCUACAAGCUAAUGUCCAGCUGCUGGCAGUACGAGCCCAAAAACCGACCAUCUUUCAAAAAGCUCCAAACUGAGCUGAGUGUGCUCUACAACAGAAUGACAUAAACGCUGGUGUAAAUGUUGCUUUCGAACUUAAUAGCUGUGAAAAAUGUGGUGGCCUCUGUCCUCCAGAAUAAACCAGGAUGUCCUCAGCUGGUCCAGAUUUAGUCUUUACAAUGUCUUCAUAAAGUCUUCUGCAGUUCUGAUGUGUUUAAAAACAGCUGUAGAAAUAUUUUAAAGACAGCACUGUGGUAUAAUAGAUGAUGUUUGACUGUGCUGUAGAAUAUUAUUAAACUGGAAACAACUUACAACAUAUAUUAUAAUUU